CACCUUGUCGUGGUGCGGGGGCUUAGUCGAAUCAUUAAUCAGACCUUAUCAAUGGAUGAUAGUGGGUUCGUUUACGUACAUUCCAGUAUUGAGCGAGUUCACUCCAUUCCCAUGGUUCGGGCUGUCUUUUUGAACGAUGACCAAAUUCUGCCAAUCGGAGGAGCAAACCUCUUGAAAAAGCUCUGGGUUUGAACAAGGUGUAAUACGACCCGUGCCGAGGUUCAGCCUGGCUGGGGACCCAGAUUUAAAAAAUAGCCCAGUCGCGAACGGAGUGCUCCGGAUACCUGGCGACCUCCGGUUCUAUCUAGCCUUACCUGUGCACACGGACCUCUGUGCAGGUGGACCUCUUUUGUCCGAAACUCGUGGGAACACAAAUGAACAGAAAUUUAAAUAGAAGAAACAAGAUGGAGGGCGGUCCUCCAAAAAAACCGUCGGAGGUGGCUUCGGCCACUGCCUCGGCCUCGAGCACGGCAGUGGUCAGACCGCCAGUGACAGGGGGAAUAUGGGGCUUCAGCGAUAGGGCUGGUCCCAGUACAAGUGCUGCAGGAGGCAGUAGGUGGAGAGGAGGACUGGGAAAACCGGCCUUUAGCCUUUUUACGGCGGGAGUUAUGGGGUCAACUCCGCCUAGGGUAAACAUGCCCUAUUCCACCCCAACAUCUAUCAGAGGGUGGGGAGGGGCACCUGCUUUAAGGUUUAACCAGCAGGUUGUUGUUGAGAAACCAGGCAGCUCAAAACAUGUUGCAAAUGUAGGAAAAGAGGGAGUGCGUAAGCAUGUCCGUCCCUCGAAGCGGGCCUAUUACGAAAGGAAGGCGGCCAUCAAGGUUUUAUCUAGGUUACGAGAUGUGCCAGCGAAUCAGUUAACAGUGGAACAGGCCAGGUCUGUUGAAUGGGCAAAGGGGGUGGUAUCCAGCUCGGGAAAACCGGUGGAUACUGCUCCAAAAAGGCAAAGUACACCUGACCAUACAGAGGAAGGGGUCGCCAAAAAACCAAAAAUAGGUGGCCAUAAGUACCCGAUAUUUGGCGAAGUGGUAAACAGUGGCGGUGAGGUACUGGCCAUCGUUGACAGAGCAGAGGAGGAAGGGACUAUUCCCAAGGAGAAAUGGAAGUCGGUUGAGGAAGCUAUUGCUGAAGUCUAUCUCCAGGUUCUAGAGGAAAACCCCGGACCUCCUCCGCUCUGUCACGAUAACGGCUGGUACCAAGGUAGGGCGAAGCUCAUCGCUUGUGAGGAUAAUAGGUCAGCUCAGCUCCACAGGGUGGCCGUCAGUAAAGUCGGUGAGGUUUGGCCGGGGGCCAAACUCGUAGCAAUCAGCAAGGAAGAAAUUCCAAGCAGACCAAGAGCUCGAAUACGGAUCCCUGCCAAGCCGGCGGAGCCGGAAAAAAUAGAGCAGAUAUUUAAAUCCUGCAACGGUGACCUGCCAACCCAUAAUUGGAAAGUAUGGAAGAUUGAGGAGCCAGUAGAAGGUAGAAGACAGGUGUUGUUGCUUCUCAACGCCGAAACACUCGCCCCACUGGCGGAAAAAGGAUGGAAGGUCCGAUUUGGGUUCGUCGACGUAGCCGUUCGGAUUUACCGAAAUGAUGAGCCAGCUCUAAAACUUGGUGAAGAGAGCGAUAGAACUAACUUCAACAGCGGUGACGAAGAACGGUUAUCCAGCAGCCAGUACUCGACCGAUUCAGAUAGGCUUGUGGAGCCGUUGUUUAAUGAAGAUGAUAUUCUCGCUGACGAGGCCGAUUGUGAGGAGGUCGUUGAGGAAGACGUUGACGCCCCCAUGGUGGAGGCUAAAUGGGCAGAUUCAUGUGAAACUGCUCCAAAUAAAUCUCCGCUAUUCUAGGCUCGCGUCUGCGAAGCUUUCUGCCCGCUUGGCUGCCGGCGGACAUCAUGUAGCUCUCAUCAAAGAGCCGUGGAUCAAUGGCAACAAAAUUUGCGGUUUGAGAGUAAGGGGCUUUAAAUUGAUUGCCAGUCAGCACAUGGCUUAGCAGCAGCGAUUUGGUGGCGGCAGGCAUUGAGCUGGGUGAAAACAGCUUUUGGGUAGCCUCCGCUUCAUUGCCCACAAAGGGGACGCCCCGCAAGAUGAGGUGAGGGCGCUUGUUAAGGAGGCAGCUAAAUUGAAAAACUCCUGGUUGUCUCCUGCGACGCAAAUGCCCAAAUGUCGGAGAAGUCCCGACAUUAAUGGUAGAGAUAAAAGAUUAAACCCCCCAACGAUAUACUGGUUAGUCACUCCAUUUAAAUAAAUACUACAUAGGGCGUUACUUUAACAAAGUAAAACAGUGUCACAUUACACCAAAUGACCAACAACAGUGCAUGCAUGCGAACCGCUAACUUUAAUUAAGCAGCGAAUGGGCCAAGGAACAUACAGACGUACCGCAGCAUCCUCAUUGCUACAGUAUUGAGAAGUACAAGGAUUUUUGGGCAAUGAAGUUAUCGACGGCGAUCGAACCCGAGUAUGCUAUAUGCGAGCUUGUUGCCAUUAAGUGAACGCUAUAUGGGGUUAAAGCUAAAGCCGAAAUAUCUUGGCCCAUACAUAAUUAUGAAGAAGUUAAAUAGCAUCAGCACUGUUGAAAAGGUUGACAACCACGAAGGUAUGGGUCGCACCGCCACACUAGCUGAAUUCGUAAAAAGAUUCGAGCCGAAUUAGCGCGCAGGUUGGCCGAAUAUGGAAAAUGAAUAACCGGCCUAAUAAAGACAACAAGUUCUACAUAACAAAGAGACUGCGAUCGCCGUGCAUUGAAUACGCCCAACAAAAGACGUUGACUAUGCGAAUGGAAAGAUACAUAUCCAAUUUUCAUCAGGUAUAAUGGUGAUGCGACAAAAUUUCGCUGCAUAUAUUGAUUAAUGUUUGAUUAAAAGAAGUUUGUGAAUAAAUAUAUUGAACUAAAA